GGCACUUGCAUACCUCCUUUAACAUCAUUCAAAAUCACCAAGACAGUGAAGAAGUUUUUAUGUUGUUCUUUCGGUACGAAGAAGUGUUAAUGAGGUGACAGGCAGAAUCUACCGCAUUUGUCACUAACGUUUGCUUUACUGGGUGGUGUUAUACAUCUGGGAGGAGGCUGUAACAUAGCGCAAGAUAAUCUGUGACAGUCUACAUAUUUGCAUGAUUUCCACUGAGAUCCACUCACAAACGGCAGACUUGGGAGGAAACGACAGCUGCGUUGACGUUUUUCCAUCGGAGACGUGUGUCCAUGGACGGUGCGCUUUUUCUCAGCAUACCAGUUCAGAACAAUUUCAGAACAUUUGUAUCGCAUCAUUGUUGAAAUCACUCUUGGAUAUUGCUACGAACUGUAGCCAUCACUAUUCUCAUUUGGAAUCAGGAAUACACUUGCCUACAAUGGAUAACUAAAGAUCGGUGACAUAUAAGGUGCUCAUCAAUAAUAUUUGGGACACGGACACAGAGGACUCCGUCGGGUGUAGGAUGUAGGGAUGAUCCCUGUUCCGCGCUUAAAGGGUCAGUCGCAGCUGUGGCAGAUGAAUGCAGAGCCGCCUCCUUGGGUAUGGAUGAUCCCCAGCGGCUCGGGACUGUGCCGGGUGGGUGCCGCUGUUCCCGCGCCCCUCUUGCUCUCCGCUCGCCCACCUCCGCUGCUGCAUGGGCUCUCUAGCUGGCAGCUGUCCUGUGAUCCGCUCAUUCCUUUGAUACGAAUACCACCAACGACAGAGCCAGCCAUCCAUCAGUUCCCACUUCAAAAUGUCCAGUUUGAUCUACCGUCAAGGCCCCAUGUUCUUGGAUUCCAGCCAUCCGCAAGUGUGGAGCUGGUACCCGUAUUCCCCCGCGUGUACCGAACGGUGCUCCCCCCACAUUUUAGGAAGGGCUGGGUUGAGAAGAGGCUCCCGGAGUAUAAGGUGUACCUGAACAACACCCUCGCUCUGGAGACCACCUGGCUUGGUCCCGAAGAAAUAGGAAUUUUCCAGAGGCAAGAGAAACCACUGCUGGUGACAAAUCAAAUGGCAAUGAGCAUAUCUAGGCCAGCUUCUGCCUCCAGGAAUUUCCACACUCUGCUGGUGUCACCACGCCGCAUAUCAGGCUGUCCGGUGGCUAUCAAGCGAGUGCGCAGCAACAAGAGGAUCGCAUUGGCGGCCGCCGCCAUGAUGGCCAUGGAAUCGGAGGUGGCCCAGGGGCCGUCGGCCUCCUCUGCGCACCCCCUCCACCUCCUCUCGCUGUCCCCCAUAAAGAUCCCCUUCCUCUCUCCUCACCGCCCAGGGGUGCGCGCCACCUGGGAGGGCCUGCUGGGACCCGUGCUGCCGGCGCAGAUCGGCAGGGUGGCCUCGCUGACGGCACCUGGCGUGGCCCUGGUGGCCGGCGACUGGAAGGAGCAGGGCCCGACAGAUAAGAAGCUGGAUAUGGUGAAGCCGCCGCGUGCAGGGGCGCUGGUGCUACAUACUGAUCAGAAGGCGGAGGACAAACGUGUGGAGAAGCCCUUCAAGAUCAGCUUGGAGGAGGAGAGUGCCCCUAAAGACCAGCGGCCUGUGGCCUCCACACCUGUUCCUGGAUCUCCCUGCAUAGGCCAGCAGCACCAGGGUGACGGGGGUUGUGGACAGAGUACCUCCCUGGACUCGAACAGGGAGGAAUUUAUGUGGUGCGUGGUGUGGACAGGUGAUGACAGGGUGUUCUUCUUCAAUCCCACAAUGCAACUGUCAGUCUGGGACAGGCCUGUAGAUUUAAAAGACCGUGGAGAUCUUAAAAGGAUUAUGGAAGAUCCCCCCCAUAAGCGCAAGAAAGACUCAUCAUCAAAGGAUGGCUCAAGUUCUCUAUCAGUGGAUGAUGAUGAUGAUGAUGAAGAUGAGCACAACUCAAAAACCAAAAGGAACAAGGUAGAAGAACCUGAGGACAGUGGGCUGGAUGGCAUAGACAAGGAACCAGCGACACUCAGUGGAACAUCACCCGCUCACAUGGUUCUGCCCUUGGAGCUCCGCAUAGCACACUUCAGGGACAUGCUGCUGGAAAGAGGGGUGUCAGCAUUCUCCACCUGGGAGAAGGAGCUGCACAAAAUCGUUUUUGAUCCAAGAUACCUCCUUCUGAGCUCAGAGGAACGCAAACAGAUCUUCGAUCAGUUUGUGAAAGCCCGAAUAAAGGAGGAAUACAAAGAAAGGAAGAGCAAACUGCAGCAGGCGAAAGAAGAAUACCGCAAACUCCUUGAAGAGUCAAAGAUUACCUCCAGGUCAACCUUCAAAGAGUUCUCGGAGAAGUACGGCAGAGACCAGCGUUUUAAACAGGUGCUGAAGAAGAAGGACCAGGAGCUCUUUUUCAACCAGUUUGUCAAUGCACUGAAGAAGCGAGACAAGGAGAACCGCAUGAGACUGAGGAAGAUGAGAUGAGGAAGCACAAGCUCCACCAGGCAUUCAGCUGAGCCAUACAGAUUACUGUGAGAGACAACCGACCACCUUAGGUAAACAAACUGACAGACAGACAACACAUCCAUGGCUGACAUCACUCCUAAUAGACGAGCAUGCUGUGAAGGCGAACGUUAUGGAGCUCCAGCUCUUUGCUCUGGGACCUGGGAGUAUGGCGUGUUUGUCCUGGCACCAAGUGAACGAACUCUCAGUGAUCAGAUGUGUUUCAUAUUGAAGCUCUAAUGAAAGUCAGUAUUUCUAUUGUUUGAGUCAUUGUGACAAACAUGGAUAUUUGGCUGUUCCUUGGUUCUUUAUGCAUUUAUAUAAGGCCCAUACAUGGAUUUGUGUGUGCACCCCUAACUGUGUACUCGACAUAAGUGUGUGCAGGCACUGUCACCUCAUGGUGGAUGUAGCCUGGUGCAGAAACCCAAAGGAAGUGUUAAAGUGUAAGUGUAGGACCUGGCCUUAAACAGGAAGUCCACAAGAGUUCUUUGAAAUGUAUUGUGCAUUGAUGAGUUUUCCAAAUGUUGUCUGAAAAAAAGUGCAUUGUUGCUAAAGUGUCAUAUUGUAAACAGAAAUGUAUUUUGGGAUUACUAAAUAAAGUCAUGUAAAUGCAUAUGUGUCUUUCAAAUCAAUGUAUGUUUAAAUUAAUCAAUGGUGUACAUUAAAGAUGUAAAUGUUGUAAAGGAAGGCUGUUUUACUGACUUGAUGAUUUGAUGGUAAG